UUCUAUACAGUGUCCGCCGACCGUCGGACGUCUUACACGCGUUCGCAUACGAUAUCUGCCGGGUGUGUUCCCCCCGACGACGCUGGCGACGUACACAAUUAAUAGCAAUAUUUUAUAAUAUUAUUGCUCCGUUUUUUUUUCUUCGGACGGACGACCGCGAAUAGUUUUUGUUUCACCGAUCGUUUAUUUUUGAAAACAUUUAAAAAAUAUAUCAAUUUAAAAACACUUCACUUUACCGGCGAAAGUUGGUAUAUUAGUAGUGUUACCGCCAAUACUACUAUUACUACAACUACAUUACUACAACGACUACUACUACUAGCACUACUACACUGCAACAGCAUCCGCCACUACUACUAUAGUACUACUUCUAAAAUAAUUUUAAUACUGAUAUCAAAUUAACCGCGGAAAAAGUGUACCGAGAUAGUUUGUUGAACGCGACGAGCUUGUAAUAAUAUUACAGUCGUACGGGCAUAUUAUAUUGUGCUGUUGUAUUAGACGACCACGACACCGGCGACUGGGAGAAAAAAGUCGUCGCCGGUGGCGGCGGCGGCGUCGGUGGCGAUGUCGCGAUCACUGUCCGAGACAGACGACCCGUUUACCACCCAGCGCAUUAGCUGGACGGCCUGGACGAUUAGUUGGUACACCGUAUGGUAGAAUACACCGACAAAAAAACAACAACAAUAAUAAUAAAAAUAUUCAGUGAAAAAAUAGCGUCGCACACACACGCACAGACGUCAAGCGUGCACCAACAGACGACUACGACGACGACGACGACGACGACUACGACGAAAAUACAUUACGGUAAAGACAACCGCAACUUGUAACCAGCGACUGAAACUGAAUCCGCGACUGCGGCGACAAUCGUCUGCAGCCUUGGCCGUAUAGUUAUAUGAUGCCGGUGAAAUUACCGCCGUGGACGUUAUCGGCCGCCCGAUGAGUUGUUAUUGGCCGCCAGUCGCGUGUGUAACGACGUCGCCGCCGACCUGAGCGUUUGUGGGAAGUAUGUGGAAGACACGUAACCGAUACAAUUGGUCGUGGUCUAUACGUAUUGUCGUUGUUGUAGCCGCCGCAGCCGUAACGCUCGCGAUGUCCGCCGCCGAACCACGCGAAUCCGCCGUCUCCUCGUCAUCUUCCCUCCGUUCUGCUUCCUCUUUGUCGUCACCACCGUCGUCGUCGUCAUCUUCCUCCUCUUCCUCCUCCUCCUCUUCUUCGUCAUCAGCCGCCGCUACCAGUGCGGUAACCAUCGUCACGUCACAACUGGAAAGAGCGCCGUUCGGCCGCGACGGCACCGAACAACAGACCAACACACCAGGUACAUCAGGUGGUAGACGACAGCAUUGCCCAUGGUGCAAAAGAGCGUCUGGUACGCUCCCGUUACCGUCGUCCUCAUCAUCGUCGUCGUCCUCGUCUUCUUCGUCGUCCUCGUCUUCAUCGUCGUCGUCGGCGGCGACUUCCGGUAUCAAUCGACAUCACCAUCGGCGGAAGCACCGCCCGCGAGGACGGCGGCAUUAUGACAGUGCCACCAGGUCUAGCUUGGACAAACAGCGAAUAGAGGCGAUCAAAGAACAGAUACUGUCCAAGCUUGGCAUGACCGCUAAACCAAAUAUUACUAAGGCGCGGUCAACGAGGUUCCUGGUGGAAGCACUGGCCGUCGAACCGUUGUCCGGGUUGACUGUCGCCGACCCGGACGCCGCCGCCGCAGCCGGUAAUACACUGCCACCGAGUACGCGGUUACCGACCACCAGAGACGUUGAUUCGGAGCCCGACGAUUUUUACGGCCGCACCAGAGAGAUCAUCGGAUUUGCAGAACCAGGAUCAACGUUAAACGGACAAACGUUAUUAGAAUUCCCGUGGUCGCAGGAUAUGGGAAGCACUGAUUCUGUAAAAGUCAAGUCUGCGAAGCUGUGGUUUAGGUUAGAAUACAGGCCGGACGUUCCCCCGGCUGCGCGUAGGACCCAUCACAGUCACAAUGUAACUCUGUGGCUGUUUAAAAUAAACUUCCGCACGAACCCAAUGCGGAAUACCACGUUCCUAAGUGGUAAGGAAUUCGACGAGCACGCCACGCUGGCGUCGUCGCUGUCACUGUCGCUGAACAACCUGGGCUGGAUAUCAGUGGACGUGACGAACACGGUGCGCGAGUGGUACGGGUCCAGCGGUAAACACCGGUUGAGGUUCCACAUCGACUGUUCCGGGUGUGGCGGGCUGGUGUCGCCGGUGCUGUUCCACGACACCAGGCAGGCCAACGAGUGGGAGAACCCGUUCCUGAUGGUGUACACGGAYCCGACGGUGGCGAGGCGCGUGCGCCGUCGAGCGCUGGACUGUUCGCUGGCGGUACGCGGUCAGUGCUGCAAGCAACGGUUCUACAUCAAGUUCCAGGACAUCGGUUGGGACUCGUGGAUAAUCGCGCCCGGCGGCUACUACGCAAACUACUGCCGCGGCGACUGCGGCGGUGUGCACAGGACACCGGACACGUACCUAAACUUUUACACGCAGGCCAUCGAGGACUACAGGAAGGCCAAACAUUCGUCCAUAUUCCAGCCAUGUUGCGCGCCCGUCAAGUUCUCGUCCAUGUCGCUCAUAUACUUCACCGACGACGGUAACAUCAUCAAGCGGGACCUGCCCAAAAUGGUCAUCGACGAGUGCGGUUGUCCCUAAUGCAACGACGAAACGAGAGUGGACGAGUACGCGCGCACACGUGCAAUUAUUAUUAUUAUUAUCAUUGACGAUAUAAUAUAAUUAUUAUCAUAUUA